CCCUCGCGCUGCCGGACGCCGUGUCGCCGGAGCCAUCCGGACUUUGCUUUCGCGUUCAACGACAUCAAUUUCUCGGACAGAAUUCUCCGGAUUGAGAUCAUACCCGAUUCUCCGUGCCCAAACCGGACCCUGACCCUCGCCGAUUGGGCCAGGAACCGCAAAUGUCGGCGUGACGAUCAGCUCACCGUUGCAAAUGAACAUGAUCUGAAUUGCAAUGUGCUGGAUUUGGAAGAAGCAGUUGCUUAUGAGAAUCAAGAGGAAGAAGCUUUUGCAAUGGUUGAAGAGUCACCUUUGGAUGCAGAGACUACAGUGCAUGAAUCUGACACUCCACAUCAGCUCUCCAAUUUUGGCAGCAAAGAGUCCAUUUUCUUUAAGUUGUUCUCAAAUGGUACGAAGGAGUCUGAGCAGCGAUAUGUAACUCUAAGAAUUCAGGCCUCAGGUAACCAUUUUCUCAAUAGUUUACAUCAA